UCAAUAUUCGUGUUAUAGGUCUAUGGGAUAGGUAUACAAACGAUGGUCGCUCGCGGUUAAUAUCUUUCGUCGCGCGUGCACGUGACCUCGCUUAUCAGAGCUUUUUGUUGUAUUUUCUUAUCACCGUGCGUCUAUCACCGGACGGCGGACACCGAGGCUCGUGUCCAGACUUCUGAUUCGCAUAUGCCGAGCACAUAAUUAUUCAUUCGUCACUUGUGCCGUUUACUGUCUUUCUGCCGUUUUCCCAUACCCGCCAUUGCCGUUCUACGAUCAACUACAACACCGACACACGACGUACGUUUGCUGUUCCACGACCUGACGAUUUGCAGCAGCUUCGAUUUUUCGCCAUGAACAACAUGACAGUUGCUAAUGGUGUGGGAGCUGCAGAACUUUCUGUAGGAGCUAAUCUACUUUCAAGACCAGCUGAUGAAUAUGGAAACGAUGGAAAAGUUGAAAUGAUGUGGGCCAUCAAAGCAUAUGAACAUGCAGAAAUAUAUUUUAAUUUGAUAUGUUCUGUUGAUCCAAAGUUAUUAAGAUUGACUCCUCACGAUGAUAAGAUUUAUAAAGAAUUUAGGCGAUUAUUUCCUGAUCUUCAAAUAGAAGCUCUUGAUGAAGAGGAUGUAAAAAAUGAUUCAUCUAAAAUUAAAUGGAGAAGAUUCUGCGAUCUCUAUAAGAAUAUGGAAAACUACAAUUUUGGUACAUUAAUCAGAAAGGAUGUUCAUGGAGACUACAAUGAAAGCAACAGCUUUAUAGUUAUAAGAAUACAGUUUUACGCUAUUGAACUGGCAAGAAAUAGAGAAGGAUUAAACGAUAUACAUUUUAUUAACAAUAUUUAUGAUAAGGUGGACUUUGAACCAUAAAGAUAUGUAUCAAAUAUAUUCAUGCACAUUUAUAAUUUGACUAAAUGGUUUAUGUAAGGAACAAUAUUUUGGCGAUAAAAUAAAUUAAUGUUUUUACUUGAUCCCUA